ACUGAUGCCCUGGUUAAUGAUUAACCUGUCUGUCAAAUUUACUGUGUGCAUUGAAGCAGUAAGAAAGCAUUCCAGUCUCUGCCUUCCACGAGAGAAAGCAACUGAAUUAAAAGACAAAAAAGAAAUGCCUACAAGUCGCAGCUUCCACAACAGGUGCUCUCCACACUUAAAGACAAGGAGUCAAGGCCAGCCACACAAUCCUCAGGUGAACAACAGAGAGGAUUUGCCCAAGAUAUGGUUACCAGCAGGCAACAGGGACAAUCACUGCCCCGUGUGUUUACAGAUUGCCAGCUAUCCUGUAGAGACCAACUGCGGGCAUCUUUUCUGUGCACCAUGUCUGAUAUCUUACUGGAAACAUUGCUCCUGGUUAGAUGCCAUCAGCUGUCCUAUGUGCAGACAGAUGGUGAAUAAGAUGUGUCAUCUCUUCAGCGAGACCAGAACUGACUGUAAAGAGUCAGAAGUGCUAAAACACGUCAGAGACUAUAACAGGCGCUACUCUGGAGCACCAAGACAGGUAAAAGAUUACUUGUGCGAUACACCUCUCUUCCUGCUCUUUCUGGUGCGAUGGCUGGGAAACAUUGGUGGCCUGGUGUUGCUGUUUCUAUUGAGGGUGGCUGUCUGUGGAUUUGGCGCUGCCAUGUCCUUGGCCUCUCCACUGGAGUCACUUCCUGGGCCACUGAGCAGUGUGCUGGGCAUGCUGGAUGAUUGUGUAGUGGUCUUCCUUCUUCUUAUCUGCAUUAUUAACAUCAACCAGCAGAUGGGCCCGCAGAGGACAAGAGCGCACUCGGUCACACAGGGAGUGCUGACCGACUCCUUAUAGAAGACAGUGAUAAUGUGCUUACUUGCAUGUUGAAAUGACACUAAUCAACCUUGUUUGCAAAGGUUAACAGUGUUAUGACCUGCUGCACUUUGGUCUUCUUGAACAUGGAUUUUCAAUGAUGUGUCUAGAAUACACAUACAGCACUAGAUGAGAGGUGUUCUGAUGUUUCAAAAACAAUAAUUGAAGGUGUUUUAUUGAAGAUAGAUUGUAUAUCAUAAAUGUAAAGUGGUUUUGUAAAUAUGCAAGUUUCUAAUAAAUAUUUAUAUAAAUAUUG